AUGCUGGUGGGAGUCUGUGGGAGACACAUAACCCUCACCGUGCAGAAGGGAAGGCACUGGCAGUGUUCAGUCCUCUGCGCCGCAGCAUCACGCAGCAUCACGCAGCCUCACGCAGCGGAGGACAGAUACUGUGACCGCUCUGCGCUCGGACUGCACGCUGCUGACAGCGCAAAGAGCCGCGGGCCAAAGGACACGAUGAAGAAGCUAAAAGGCAACACUCUGGAGGAAACCGUGAACAUGCUGCAAGACCAAUAA